AUGGCUGACAACAGUUCCAUUCCGUUGUCUAUAUCCAAUGAAGUAAUUCCCAUUCAUUAUCAUUACAAAUUAAAUAUAAAUCAUUUGAAACCGAAUUUUUCUGGAGAAGCAAUAAUCAAACUUUCAAAGAAUUGCAACAAGAAUGCUAGUGAAGAACCACAAGGUGUUGCUACCUUUGGAUUUUCAUUAACUUUGCAUGCUUCCAGAUUAAUCAUUACCAAAGCGACCAUUGGAGACGUCCCAUUGAAAGUCACUUAUGAUAAACCCAAUCAAAGAAUAACAUUUUCUUCCCCAGAAGAUGCAGUCAUCGAUUCAACUUUGGAUGAUUUGUAUAUUAAAUAUAUGGGACAAAUCAAAACAAUUGGAACAUUUAAAGAUAAUACUCUGGGUUUAUUCAAGACAAAUUACUUAGAUUCUAUUUCAGGUAAAGCAAACAACUACAUUUUGGCAACACAUUUCCAACCUCAUUUCGCCAAGGAAGUUUUCCCGAUCAUUGAUGAAUUGACCCAUAAACCAACCAUUGCGUUGGAUAUCACUACCAACACUAAAUUUAAAGUAAUGACUAAUGGAAGGUUAGUUAGUUCAGAAUAUGUUGAUGAAAAUACUUUGUCUAAAUUUGAAUAUGACUUACCUAUAACCCCAGCAGUUAUGGGAUUUGUAAUUGGUGAUUUCGAAUAUAUUCAAAGUGAAUUAUUAUCUAAUGUUAGAAUUUAUACAUCAAUUGGUGAAAGUAAGUAUGCUAGAUUUGCAUUAUCUAUAAUUGAAAAAUACUUGCCGAUUUUAGAAUCGAAAUUUGGUCAUAAAUAUCCAUUAUCCAAACUUGAUUUUGUAACAUUACCAUUUUUAAACGAUGGUGCCAUGGAAAAUUGGGGAUUGGUAACCGUUCUUGGUUCUAGCUUGUUGAUCGAUGAAGCUUCGGCAUCACAACCAGAAAAGAAUCAAGUUGUUGAGUUAGUAGUUCAUGAAUUAGUUCAUCAAUGGAUUGGGAACUGGGUGUCAUUUGAUAAUUGGAAUUUACUCUGGUUUAAUGAAUCAUUUGCUACUUGGUUAGCCAAGACUCUUAUAUCAAAUGAUGUUUCAUAUGAGGAAUUAUUAGAUAGAGAUUGUUUCUAUGUUGAUGAAAAGUAUAGUAUUGGAAGUAUACAAGAACAUAUGCUGACAGUAUAUACUGGAUUAAAUGCCACAACCUCGACUAUUUUUGAUACCAAUAUGUAUGAAAAAGGGAUUGUUUUACUUAAUAUGAUUCAUCAUGUUUUCAAAAGUGAAAAUAAAGAUUUGGUUUCAUCAAUGACUAAGGUAAUUCUGCAACAUCAAAAUAAAUCAAUUAAAUUAUUCGAUAUUUGGCAAGUUUUAAAUGAAGAGAUAAGUAUCGAUUUACCAAGUUUUGUUUAUUCCUGGUCUAGAGCCCAUGGGUUCCCGUUGGUUCAAGUAACUAGUAAUGAAGAUGGAAGCAAGAUUCAUAUUGAACAACAUGCAUAUCUCUACAAUUUAACCGCAGAACAAGUUGGUCUUGAAGAUAUUCCUUAUCAUAUCCCACUUUUAAUUGAUGUUGUUAAAGAUAAUGGGGAAAGAAAACUAUUGAAUAUCGUAUUGACUGAUCGCUCUAUGGAGUUGGAUAUUCCAAUUGAACAAUUUGUUGCAAUUAACACUGGUCGCGGUGGGUAUUAUAGAGUUUUGUAUGACAGGUUAUCUAAUAUUCAUUUGAUGGAACCUGAUACUAUUAUCGGUGUAUUGAAUGAUUUGGGUAAGAUUUUGGGUACUUCCAAUUCCACCAGCAACGAUUUAAUUAAUUUCAUUCAAUUUAUUGAAACAUUUACUAAAAAGAUCUGGAAAUGGGAUUGGCAAGUUAUAUUAAUUGCCGUUGGAUAUUUGGAAUCAAUUAAUCAUAAUUUAUUACAUUUUACGGAAUGUGAUGCGUUUUCAAAAUGGUUACAAGGAUAUUCUGAAAAAUUAUUCAAUAGAGUUAAUUGGAACAAGACUUAUUCAAUUGAUUAUGACCCAAUUGAAAUCCAAGCUCGUGCUUCUAUACUCCAAUUAAAUCUUCAUAACAAACAUGCUUACGAUAUUGCUCAUAAAUUAUAUAUCCAAUUCCUUAAUUCAGGGAUAAACAAAUCCUUUACUCCUAAAGAAUUGAUUCCUGCUUUGUUUAAUGUUAUGAUGACUCAAGCUUCCAUGAAAGAAUAUAAACAAGUCCUUGCCUUUGUCAAAAACGCCAAUUCAUCAAUCUUGAAUCAAACCAAUUUAUCUGAAAAUGAAUUGCAAACAAUUGCUGUGUCAUCCUUAUCAUUCCCGAAUAAUUCCCAAUUUCUUCAUAAAACUUUAAACUUCAUCCUGAAUAAUAUUGAUUCCAAAUUGAUUGAAUUGGGAUUAAUUGGUUUCACGUAUUCAAUGAACGUGGAACAUAUUCAUCAAUUGUAUGUUUGGUUCAAUCUAAAUUAUGAUAAUUGGAUUUUGCGUUCUCUCAGAAAGGGUUCUGAUUGGUCUAAACAGAUUGGAGUUACUGCUAAGAAUAUAACCAAAUUAGUAUUAGAGUUAAUGAACCGUUCUCCAGAUUUAAUCCAAUUGAAACAAGAAUUUGUAGCUAAAAAAAUAUUGAAGUUGCCUGAACAUGGUUUGAAGAAAUUGAAUGAAGAAAUAGAAGUAGAAAAUGAAAGUAAACUUGUAGUUGCUAAGUUUUAUCCUGAUUUAGAGAAAUGGUUAGUUAAUAGAAUUUAA